AUGGCUGCAAGUAACAAGGUUCUCACAAGGUUGCCUGUUUUAUCUAGGCUGGCCGCUAGAACCGUGUAUACUGCUACACGGAAAAAUUUGUUGAUCAAUGAGAACACAAAGGUCAUUUGUCAAGGCUUUACUGGAAAGCAGGGUACAUUUCAUAGCCAGCAGGCCAUUGAGUAUGGAACAAAGUUAGUCGGUGGAGUUUCGCCAGCUAAAGCCGGACAAACGCACCUUGGCCUGCCUGUAUUUGCUACCGUGAGAGAGGCAAGAGAGGCCACAGGAGCUACAGCCAGUGUUGUUUUUGUGCCUCCCCCUGUUGCUGCAGCAGCUAUUCUGGAGGCUAUAGAUGCUGAGAUUCCUCUUGUUGUCUGCAUCACGGAGGGUAUCCCUCAGCAGGAUAUGGUCCGAGUCAAGCACAGGCUUGUCCGUCAGGGGAAGACACGCCUUAUAGGCCCAAACUGCCCAGGCAUCAUCAAACCUGGAGCUUGUAAAAUAGGAAUUAUGCCUGGGCAUAUACAUAAACCAGGAACAAUAGGAAUUGUGUCAAGAUCAGGGACUUUGACUUAUGAAGCUGUUCACCAGACAACACAGGUUGGGUUAGGACAGUCCUUGUGCAUUGGCAUUGGUGGUGAUCCCUUUAAUGGGACAAACUUUGUUGAUUGCCUUGAAGUCUUUUUGAGUGACCCACAAACUGAAGGUAUUGUCUUGAUAGGUGAAAUCGGAGGACAAGCAGAAGAAAAUGCAGCUGAAUACUUGCUGCAAAAUAACACAGGACCUAAGGCAAAGCCUGUGGUGUCUUUCAUUGCUGGACUUACAGCCCCUCCUGGCAGAAGAAUGGGUCAUGCUGGAGCCAUUAUUGCUGGUGGCAAGGGGGGAGCUGAGGAGAAGAUUGCUGCACUGAAAGCAGCCGGUGUUCAUGUGACCAUGUCCCCUGCAAAGUUAGGACUUACAAUGCUAGAAGCAAUGAAACAGAGUGGCAAGUUUUAG